AUGGGGCAGGCUACCAAGCACACAUCUACGAGCCUUUUGACCCGAAACAUCUGCUCGGAUGUCACAUGGACCUCGCCAGCAAAGUUUUCCCCUAGGACUACGUCGGAUAUUUCUUUGAAAUUCCUGGAAAUGAUGAGAGUUCAACUCAAGAGCGAUGCCAUCUGUACACUUUGUCUGGUGGUAGCCCUUUUCACCAUGCUCUAUUCCCAACUGGGCCACACGUCCCACAGAGAAGAACAAGUAGAAGUCCAGAAGAAGACUUCAACUGCAGCUCACAGGGAUUCCCGCGUUCCUGUUUUCCGGAAAGAGCCGACUGCGCAGAGUUACGCAUCGGAGCCUAAAAUUAUCUCGCCUAUGAAAGAUGCCAAGUUGGAAACGCAGGAAGACCCCGUCACCAAUCCAGCCCCUCUGACUCGUUCCGCCUUUGAUUUUAGACUUUACCUAAGGAAUAAGGACAACAGGAAAUUCAACCUUCUCAUUAAUCAGCCGAAGAAGUGCACGAGAAGCUCAGAAAGGCCCUUUUUGCUCAUUGCCAUAAAAUCGCUGGUUGAGGAGUUUGACCACCGUGAGAUUGUACGCAGGACAUGGGGGAGAGAAGGCCUGGUCAACGGGAUGCAGGUCCAAAGAGUUUUUCUCCUAGGAGUUCCCAAGAACAAGACGGCACUGCCCACGUGGGAAACCCUGGUCCAGCAAGAGAGCCAGCUGUAUCGGGACAUUUUACUCUGGGACUUUCUGGAUACCUUUUUCAACUUGACCUUGAAAGAGAUCCAUUUCCUCAGCUGGGCUGAUGAGUUUUGUUCCAGGACCAAGUUCAUAUUCAAAGGUGAUGCUGAUGUUUUUGUCAACAUGGAAAACAUCGUCAACUUCCUGGCAAGCUGCAAUCCUUCCGAGGACCUCUUUGUUGGGGACAUCAUCUACAAUGCACAACCCAUCCGAAUCCAAAAAAGCAAGUAUUAUAUUCCAGAAACAAUGUACGGGCUAGGUAUGUACCCAGCCUAUGCCGGGGGUGGUGGGUUCUUGUUGUCCAUCAGCACCUUGAAGAAGCUUGCUCAAGCUUGCACCCAAGUGGAACUCUUCCCAAUUGACGACGUCUUUUUGGGCAUGUGCUUGCAACGGAUCAACCUGAAGCCCGUCUUGCACGAAGGGUUCAAGACUUUUGGAAUACCCAAACCUUCAGCAGCUCCCAACCUGCAGACUUUUGAUCCUUGUUUCUACAAAGAUCUCAUGGUAGUCCACGGGCUGAAGAUAGCUGAAAUCUGGCUAAUGUGGAAUCUCCUCCACAACCCACGCCUCUCUUGCACCCAAAACAAGCAGAUAAGGAAAGCUUUCCGAUGGAAGAAGAAAAUUAAAGACACUGCCAAAAAUUAUGCUGCCUGAGGAUUGGCGGACACCAUGGCUGGGCUCAUGCAAGGAGGCUGAAUUAUCCUUUUUUCGGGGUCCACCCAAUACACUGAACCAGAAACCAAGCAGAAACCAUGUGCUAACCCACAAACCAGUUAACCAAGAUUAACUCUAAUCAAGCUUAUCAUGUUGCACGAAGGCAGAUGUUAGGUCUUCAACUGACCAGUUCAGUUCUGUUGAAGGUGAUCUUGAGGGCUGGUGUAGCUUUCAUAGGGUGAGACAGUUGAAAUGCAACCAUCUUAGUUCAUCUUUUAUAGCCAAGGCCAGACACGAAACCACCUAGUAAUAUGAAUUCACCCGUGCGAUUCUUCCCCGAGUAGUUUUCUUAAUAAGAAGUCCUUCUGGUGACUCUUAAAGGCACGGCCAUCUUAAGAGAAUGAUCACAAACUGCGCUUGUUUGGUCAUUUUUUUUACCCAACACACUGGCUAGUUUUAUGUCCAAUGGGCCUGCUGUUGCUGUACAGGCAGU